GCAGCUGAGUGCAGUUUGCCCCUGAUUGCAAUAAGCCACACAUGUAUGGCAAAGUAUAAAUGCUGGCUUUGCGCCAAGAACACCGUAGCAGAACAGUGGCAGACUUUGUUUGGCAAAGUACUGAAUACUUUAUACCCUCAUGUAGCCUAGUGAUGUCUGCUGGUGAGUCAGGCUAACAGUGUUGGAUGGGUUGAGGCUGUGGAUUUGACCAAGUUUGACCACUUUAUCACUAUUCCCUCUCACUUGUAGCUGUUUUUUCAUUAUCUUUGAAUUUCAUAUGAAUUAUGGAACCGUUUUUGUUCAUGUUUGUUUCCCCCCUUUCGUAAAAUAAAUUAUUGAAAGUUGCUUUUGAAGUGCGUGACAGAAGUGCGUUUUGAGAACGAUCGCAGACUGUCACCUGUUCAACGCAUCAAUAUCUUCAGAUGCCAUUAAAGUAAUAAUGAUUAUAAUAAUAAUGUCAAAAUAUUAUUUACAGACUGAUUUAACAGACAAUCACUGCUGCCACGAUCACUGAAAAGUGUGGGCGAGAGGCUUCCACAGAGGAGCAUCCAGUUUGCACCAGCUUUCUAAAGACGUUAUUUACUUCACUCAAACUGCGUGUGGCUAUUAGCGCUGGUGUUAGUGAAUUAGACGUUGUUUAUCAAUGAGGCUCAUUUGCAUAGAAAGGGGCAAUUUUUCUGCCAAAUAUAUGCAUAUUACCUUAUUUAAAUACGUGCUUUGUGAAUUAGACGGUAUCUGUUUGCUCCAUUUUACCGGUUUAGCGGCCACAAAAGCCACGCAAUCCUUUUGUGAAUUCGGCCCUGAGUGUGUCUAUGGUGCCGUGCUGUGCUGCUGUGCGAGCAGUGUGUUUUGACUGUGUGUAACAGCUGUCUGUUGAUGAUUAUUUGCACUGUCCUUAACAAUAAUUAUGUCAGGUUAGGUCAGUGUAGGGCUGGGCGGUGUGACCUAAAAUUUAUGGUAUAAACGGUAUAAAUCGAAUUCCUUCACGGUAACGGUAUAUAUCGCGGUAUAAAUUUAAGUGUAAAAGUUAUAAUAGAAGUGUUUCUGAAUGGGUUUUGUAGUCCCUUAGCAAAGCUGAAUUGAUAAAAACCAACAACAAAAGCAAAGAUAUAAUGUAUUUUUUAGAGCAUUUAUUGUGCAGAAUGCAGAUCUCAAAACUAAAAAUUAAAACCCAGUACUCUAUGGUGCAAAAUGUCUCCUGAGAUCUAUAUCAAAAGGUAAUUUCCUUCUUUUAGCAAAAUCCUAAAUGACUGAGUUGUGUUUUUUCCACCUGGACCUUUAUGCUCUGCCAUUUCUCCUCUAAUCAUCAUGCUGUAACCUGUGACAGGCUGCUAUGAUACCACAACUAUCACACAUUCACAUAUGGAGUUUUUUGUGGAGCCCCUAGCGUCACAUAAGUUUACAUUACCAAAGGUUUAUGACAAACUCUCUUGCCGAAAACCAGCUCCCGUGUGCACACGGCGAGAGAGGAGAGGGAGAGACGCUGUGCUGCUGCCAGAGGAGACACUGAAUGAGUUCCCUCUGAGCGGUAAGUCGCUAAAAGAGUCUGAGAAGUCCGGGGCUGUUCAUAAGACAUUAACUCACUCACUCACAAGUUCUCCAGCAACACAUGUUGCACGUGCUACGCUAAAUCACGGACGUGAACCAGCUUGCAGCCAUUUUCACACUGAGGCAGGUGCGAUGACAUAAUCGACGAUAGGACUAGGGCUGGGUACCGAACUUCGGUUCUUUUGUGGCACCGACCGAAAUGCUUCGGUAGUACCUAGUAUUGAAACACGCCUCGUCUUUUGGUGCCAAAUUUCGGUACCCUGAGGUUAAUCACGUGACGAAGACCUGAUACUGCUGCCGGUGAUUGGCUGUAACGUUACACGUGAUUGCGGCAUGCAGGAAAAAUACGUGGUUGAGACGUCUUGUGGUUACGCCCACAGACGGGGUUCACGUGUCUGUGUUGUGAUAGUGAGCUGUAGUUGUAUGUGUCUCGAAACGGUUAAAAAAUGUCACCGAGCCCGAGGUCAAAAGUGUGGCUCCAUUUUAACAAGAUUGAUGCCAAUAGUGCGCGAUGCAAUAUAUGCAAAAAAGUCUUAAUUGCUAGGGCUGGCAAUACGACUAAUUUGAUGAAACACCUGACCGUGCACGGAAUCAAUUUAAGAGCAGAAAGUUGCUCCGUGUUUGACUGCAAGAAGAGUGGACCGCAGCCAUCCUCCUCUCAGCAUUCAAGUCCGCCUGUGGACGUUACAGAGCCCGAGCGGCCUGGUUCAAAAUAUCCACCACCGGACUCCGCUUCAUCUGAGAGUACCAACGAGGACGCCAUGUCUAGGAUAUCAACAGGUAAAUUUACUUUAUGUUACUGCAAUUUAAUACGUGCAUCGUGCAGCGAGUUAAACUGUGAUGUGAUGCUAACUUACGUUAUUAGUGUGUAGCUUUGUGGCUAAAUCAAAAGCUAACUAGAGAUUGACAGUAACAGAUAAAGCUUAGCUUGUUAAGAUGUGCUUAUCAAUUGGGCCGGCUGGUUAAACGGCUCUGUUAUGUUAACUUCUCUUCACAGUAGCCUCUGACCCUGGUGUGAGGGGGACAAGGCCAGCCAGCGUGAAUCCAUUCACAAUGGCAGAAAAAGGAAAGAUGACAAAAGAAAAACAAGAUGAGUGCCACAGGGCAGUCACAAACUUUGUUGUUAAAGGUUUGCUGCCUUUUUCUACAGUGGAGGCUCCAUGGUGGAGGGAGAUGAUAAGAGCCCUAAACCCCAGAUACCAGCCCCCCAGCAGAGACAUGCUGUCAAAUACACUCAUACCUGCAUGGUAUGCAGUAGAGAAGGGAAAUGUCAAGAGAGAAUUGCAAGACGUCAGAGAUGUGGCUGUGACCGCGGAUGGGUGGACCAGUGUGGCACAAGACCACUACUUGACUGUUUCAGUCCACUUUGUGAGAGAGGGUACCAUGAAGGAAAAAAUCCUGCAUACCAGGGCAGUCUACACAUCACAGAUAGGGAAUGUAAUAGCUGAGGAGAUAGGGGAUAUUCUUGAUGAAUUCAACAUCAAAGAAAAAGUUGUUGCGAUCACUGUAGACAAUGCAGCUAAUAUGGAUGUGGCAGUAAAAAAGAUGAGCAUUAGAAAAAUUGGCUGCUUUGCUCAUACACUAAACAUUGCUGCUCAAAAGCUGUACACCAUACCUGUCAUCUCAAAGUGGGCAGGAAGAAUCAGAGCCAUGGUGGUGUGGUUAAAGAGGUGCAGCUUGGCUAAACCUGUCCUUAAAGAGAAGCAGCGUCUUCUCGGUAAGUGUAAAUAAAAAUACAGUGAACUUAGUGCAACAUUCCUGGCUAAAUAAAUUAUUGAACUAUUACUACAAAUAAACAACCAGUUUGACAACCACACACACACUGACUGACUUCCUGAACAUGCUGUCAUUUUGGAUGUGAAGAACAGGUGGAACAGCCUGUUCCUGAUGGUGGAGCGAUUUCUGGAGCAGUUUCCUGCCAUCCAGGCAGCCUCCAUGGACCCUCGGCUAAAAAAAAUCAAUGGAGAAGGACAGACUGGAGAGACUUUCUGAUGAUGAUUAUAGAAAGGCAGAACAGUUCAUCAGAGUAAUGAAGAUACUCUGUACUUCAACCAUCUGCAUCUCCGCUGAAAGGAGUCCAACUUUGGGCCAGAUACUGCCCAUCUUGGGGAAACUCCAGCAUCACUUCACAGUCACUGAUGAGGACUCCUCCUUUACACAGACCAUCAAGGACAAGAUCUGGGGUGACCUCUCAAAACGAUACCAAGAUGAGAGCAUCAGGCAGUUCUUGGAGGAGGGCACAGCCUUAGACCCAAGAUUCAAAACGAAAGUGGGCGAUGAAGUGUGGACAAGACUACAAGAGGAGCUGGUAACUAGGAUCUCACAACAGAAUAAAGGUGUGACCCAGGCCCAGCAGAUGGAGCAGGAGCUUGAAAGGACAGCUGGUGACCAUGAUGACAACUCUUCUGAUGAAGACUGUACAGCUGCAGUAACAACACUGAAGCCAAAGCUUUCUGCCCUUGAGGAGCUAUUUGCCGAUGAGGACAUGGCAGUUGAAAUAAGACAAGAGAACACUUUUAGCACCACAGAGAAGAUUGAGGAAGAGAUACAGCGGUACAGAGGUCUGCCAUCUACCCUAACCUCAGUGAAUCCAGUAACCUGGUGGUGGAAUGCGAGGGACAAUAUGCCAAUGCUAUCAGACUUGGCAACCAGGUAUCUCUGUGUGCAAGCAUCAUCCACACCCUCAGAGCGCACUUUUUCUACUGCUGGGGACACCAUCAGCCAGGAGCGGGCCUGUCUGUGUCCUGAGAAAGCAGACAUGUUGAUUGUUCUGAAGAAAAACUGUUAAGUGAAAAAUAUGUAGCAGUGAAUAUUAGAUUGAUUUGUCACUUGUUUGCAAGUGUUCUUUUGCACUGGAAAUUAUUUGUUGUUUAAUUUUUCUGUAAGAAAACUGCUUGGAGUGGAAAACUACCAAAGCCGAAAAAUAAAACUCAAGAUUUGUGCAAUAUGUAAUGUAAUUUUGUUUUUGUUAGAAUUGAUCUUAUAAAAUUGGUAUCGAAAAAAGUAUCGUUCAGGAACCGGUAUCGAAGUGAAGGUAUCGGUAUCGGUACCGGUAUCGAAAAUUUUCAAACGAUACCCAGCCCUAGAUAGGACGGUAGAGCGCAAAUCUCUACCGUGGGCCAAAUUUAUAUCAUUUCUACCGUCUACCGCAUAUACCGUGCAGCCCUAGGUCAGUGCCCCCCUAAUAUAAUGUAGGGGAAACACUGAAUCAAGCCUCAUGAUACCGUUUACUUAUUAUAUUGUAAUCGCAAUCGCAAAUCACGAUAUUGUCCACCAAAAUCACGAUUGCACUUUUUUAUCAAAUUGUGCAGCACUAUCUGUCAGCUAAUUGCAGUUUUGAUGAUGACAUCAGCUAGACGCUAGGCCCUUCUGCCCUGUCUUCAGACUUGUGACAUAAUAAACAGAAACUAGUGUAUUUUAGCCACAACCCAAACUACCACCCCCUUUCAGUUUCCCAAGGUUGCAUCCUUCAGUUUCUAUCACCUGUGUGAUGUGCUUACAUAGAUUUACUGCUGAGUGAUCAUGUGAAUAUGUUUGUGGUUACAUAAAUACUGGGUGCACUGGUUUUUCCAGUUGAUGAAGGCAUCAGUUAGCUCUCAGGCAGAAUAUUUUUUGAUACGCAGGCUUUAGCAAACUUUUCAUAAAAUAUUUACAGUCUUGUCAUGUUGUAACUAGUUGCAGGAGGUGUUGACUGUUAUUAAACUUGGUUACAAAGCCUGUAAGAAGAUGUUGACUUGAUGUUGACAUGUUCCUUUUCUUGACUAAAACCUGUAGGCCUACUUGUACAGGAUUUAUUCAGUUACUGUUGAUAAACCAGGCACUUGGUGUCUGCCCCACAAGCCUACUAUGUUUGGCACAGCACAUGCAGCAAGGAGUUAUUUGUACCAACAAAGUUUAAAAAAAAAGUUCUUUAACAGACUUCUGGUUCAGCCACCUUUUGUAAACUGUCAGAAAAGAUGUGUAAAGCUGUCAAAGAUGGUCCUCAACAGGAUAAAUUCCACCAUACAGCUGUCCUAGAGGAGUGUUACUGACUUGUUACAUACGAUGACUGUGAAGACUGGUCGACAGUCACUUUGUGUGGUGUUUGAAACCAAAGAAAGGUUUUUUAACUAUUAAAGAGGCCAGUGAACAACAGACAUGGGCACUAAACAGCAGAGGAACCUCAGCUAACAACAGGUUGACAGAAAUAGGUAGAGUUGGGUCAAUUUCAGGUUUUGCUGGUCUGGUGUAUGAGUUUAAACCAGCUUCAAAAUUUUGCAUGGUCCAAUCCUAGAAAUAGUAGAAAUUGGCACAUUUGUGUAAGUCAGUGCAUUUGUGUUUUAUCUGAUGGGAAGCAUUGGUUUCCCAAACUUGUGAAGCAUGCUGCAGCACUCCAAACACAAUAGCUCAGCUGUAUCUCAAGAGAUACAGCUAAUGACUGUACCUUUCAAUAAAUCUGCUUGUAUUGUUAAGGGAUGCACGAUAGUAUUGGCAAAUCAUCGGAAUCAGCCAACAUGCUGAUAAUAUCGGCAAAGAAAAGAAAGUAAUUUGUGUGACAAUACAUGUAUUCUAGGGAUGCAUGAUGAUAUCGGCAUGUCAUCAGUAUCAGCCCAUUUUGGCAUCGGAAUCGGCCAACAUGCUUUUUCUUAUUUUGCACAAUAAAUGAAUAUUACAUACAUUGAAAAGCGUUUUGUUUAACCCAUUUAGACCUAAUCUCGCCUGGGAAAAAAGGCAUUAUAAAGCCUGUAUAAAAUCCCUAAUCCUGAGCAUAUUCUGAAAAAUGGAAAAAAAUUGACCUCGCCUACUAAAACCUUAUUUUCUCAGGCUCUGGAGCAGAUAUAAACAUGAAAUAAAAAGCAUUUGAGAGCUUACAAGUGUGGCUUUUAUUUGUACUUACUUGUUUACUGUAGUUUUCAACUUAGAUUUUCAGAAACUCAAUCAACAACAAAAAUAUCAAUAACAGACAACCAUAUGACAGAGAGGAGAGUGUGUGUGAUUCAGUUAACUAUAUACAAUGAACAAAGAAGUCUCAGUCUCAAGUCUCAGUCUCAAGUCCAUGGUGUGUAAUGUGUAUGUUUGUGUUUGUCAGUCCUAACUCACUCAACUCACACACAGUAUGUGGAUUAUCAAGUACCUUCACUUGCAAUAUUGUGAGUGUGUGUAUAUGUGUGUGCAGGUGUGAGGGUGAGUGAAUAUAUGUGCAUCUGUGUCUCACACACACACACACACACACACACACACACACACACACACACACAACCUCACACCUG